UUCAUAUACAGCACUACCCUUUGACAACUUAAUUAAGUUGGCUUAGCUGUUCCAACGGAAACGCACAACUGGUAACGCGUCGUGCCCGUGCGUACGGGCCUAGGGUAAUAAUCUCCCACACACAAACGCACACACACACACAGAGCCACAAUGACGCGACCCAAGCAGGAUGCAAACAAAUUUAAAAGCUUCAUGCAAGAGAAUGUGCUCACAAUGGCCACCGUCAUCGGUGUCUUUGUGGGCGGUCUCAUUGGCUUCAUCAUCAAGAACAGCACCGGCGAGUGGACAAAGCGUGAGAUUAUGUAUAUAUCAUUUCCGGGCGAGAUCUUUUUGCGCAUGCUGAAAUGUCUCAUUGUACCGUUGCUCGUGUCCUCCAUAACGAGUGCCAUCGGUGGCUUGGAUUUGAGUAUGUCCAGCAAAAUAGCGACGAGAGCUAUUACAUAUUACUUUGUCACCACAAUAUCGGCUGUAAUAUUGGGCAUAUGCCUGGUCACCACCAUACGGCCCGGCCAAGGUGCCAAAAUUGUGGAGACACGCACUGAGACAAUUGACAAAGCAUCAAAGGUCUUGACGCCAGAUACUUUAAUGGAUUUAGUGAGUUUCUUACAGCAUCGCACAGAGAUAUUUGAGAACACCAGCAUUACGCCAGCACAGCCCAUGGAGAACUGGGAGUUCAAGUCGGCACAGCGUGAGGGCUCCAAUGUGCUGGGGCUGGUCAUGUUCAGCGUAAUACUGGGCACAACCAUAGGCCGUAUGCGUGAGAAGGGCCAACUGUUGCAGGACUUCUUUACGACGCUCAGUGAGGCCAUGAUGACAAUAACAUCGUGGGUCAUUUGGAUAUCCCCGUUGGGCGUGGCCUUUUUGAUCGCGGCCAAGAUCAUUGAGAUGGAGUCUAUAGCAGCGACAAUACAAUCUUUAGGCUGGUAUUUCAUAACCGUUAUGAUUGGUCUCUUCCUGCAUGGAUUUGGCACAAUUGCAGUCAUCUUCUUUUUGGGCACACGUCGCAUGCCGUAUCGCUUUAUAGCCAAAUUGAGUCAAGUGCUGGCCACUGCCUUCGGCACGGGCUCCAGCUCGGCCACCAUGCCGUUGACCAUUAAAUGCCUGGAUAAUAUGGGCAUUGAUCCACGUGUGACACGAUUUGUCAUACCCGUGGGAGCUACGAUUAAUAUGGAUGGAACUGCAUUGUAUGAGGCGGUGGCUGCAUUAUUCAUUGCCCAAUAUCGUGAGAUGAGCUAUUCGUUUGGCACGAUUGUGGCUGUCAGUAUAACGGCAACGGCUGCCUCAAUUGGUGCGGCGGGCAUACCACAGGCGGGCCUCGUUACAAUGGUCAUGGUACUGGACACUGUGGGCCUGGAGCCCAAGGAUGUCUCGCUGAUCAUCGCUGUCGAUUGGCUACUGGAUCGAUUCCGUACCACUAUCAAUGUCAUGUGUGAUGCUCUGGGCACUAUUUUGGUAAAUCAUCUGUCAAAGAACGAUUUGGCAAGCGUUGAUCGGCUAAAUGCCGAGCCCCAUGAGCUCCUCGAGCUGGGCACCAGUGGACACGAGAUGAAAGAAUGAAGGCAGUCAAUGCUUGGCUCCUAUAAUCGCAAACGAUGAGUGCUUGAGGACGAGCAGCAGCAUGACGAUAUCGACAGUGAUUCCGAUGAAGAUGGGAAUGAGACAAUCCACUCGCGUUAUCGUCGGCUGGCCUCAUCAUUUGGUUUGCGGCUAAAAGCGGCCAAGACGCAAAUUUUGCAACAGUUGUAAAUGCUGUCACAAGACAUCAACGAAUUUAUUUUGCAACGAUUGUCUGCGAGGGCGCCAGACAUAUCGAAAAAUCAACAAACAAACAAGAAACAA